AUGGCCUUGAUGCUUCCCGCAGGUUAUAAGUUUUGCCCCACUGACAAACAGCUCUUGGAGAAUUACUUGAAACCCAAGAUUCAGGGGACGCUUUCUUGGGAUUUUAUCCAGGAGAAGGAGAUUUACGGUCCCAACGCCACUCCAUGGGAGAUUUUCGAUGACUCCUCCACUGCAUGGGUAACUUCUGGUAAUCAAAAAUCUGUUUAUGUGUUUACUCGUUUGACAAGGAUGGCAGAUAAGGACUCAUCGGGUGAGGGGAAUGAAGGACACUACGUCAGGAGAGCGGGUUGUGGUACGUGGCAUGUUGAGACAGGUCGUAAGACCAUCAUGGACGAUGGAAAUAAUCCUAUUGGGGAGAGGAGGAUGUUGGUUUUUCAGAUUAAUGAUAGUCAUGGAUUGCAGAAUGGAGUUAAGGAGUACUAUUGGAAUAUGCACGAGUAUCUUUUGAAGGGGAAUGAUGAUUAUGUGGUUUGUCGGAUUACUCUUGAUAUGUCAAAAACGGCCAAGGUUAUAAGCACCCAAGAGGUUUCUGCAAGACGUGGCACGACUAAGUCUAAAGCAAGAAAGAAAUCCACUACUACGCGUACUACUGUUGAUGAGAGGGAGAAAGCAGUGUUGGUUGAUAGUUUCUGCGGUUCAGGAAAGGAGGUGGCGUCGAAUAUUGAUGGUUCUGGAUGCAGUUAUGAGAAUGAGAGAUGCCAUGGAGAGAGUAAUGAGGCGAUCUAUCAGAAUCUGCUGGCCCCGAUGAAUACCCUUUGUCACGAUGGCAUGCCACUAUAUGAUUAUGUAGGAUGGAUUCCUACUGUUGAAGAACAAGAGGGAUUACAAGUACUCAAUGAUAAUCAGAGACUCAACAAUGAAGAAGUCGCCCAACCAGCUGUGAUACCUACGGUUGAGGAUUCUCAAAACCAGGGCACAGUAUUAUCAGAUUUCAACGGCGGGUCUAAUGAUGAAUUAUAUUUCGACUUGGAUGAUAUGUUUGGUGCUGAUUACUGGUCAGAUAUUGGCAAUGUGCUGAUGAUGGAGCAGCCACUGCCCAACAGUGACGUAUCUUUGGACUUGGUGGGUUUUCUUGAUGCUGCUGGUUCUUGGUCAGAUAACAUAUUGGAGGAACCGGGGCAAAUCAACAACAAUGUUCAGGAGCAACAGCAGCAAUGGCAACAGCCUACGCAGAACAUGAGUUGCAUGUUAGGGAAAAGGGAAUCAUUUGAAGCUCAAGAAGCAGGACCUACUAAAAGGCCUCGCAUCUGA